CAAAUUUGCAGCCAUUACCCUCUCUUCUCUGUUCAAAAUUAGAACGCUUGCUACUUCCUCUUACACUCAUUUUUUUCCUUAUUCUUUCUCUUCCUCUUCUUUCUCUUUGUUUCUCUCCUUCGCAUCAGGGUUCAAAUUGGUGUGAGAUGGAAAGCCACGAUGCACCGCAGUGCGUACGUGUUGCCGUCAACGUCCGGCCUCUGAUCACGUCGGAGCUUAUGCUCGGCUGUACAGAUUGUAUCACCGUUGUUCCUGGUGAACCUCAGGUGCAAAUUGGGUCACAUGCUUUCACUUAUGACUAUGUUUAUGGUGGUAGUUCGGAAUCUCCGUCGUCCACAAUUUACAAUGAUUGUGUAGCUCCACUUGUAGAUGCGCUUUUUCACGGCUACAACGCAACAGUUCUCGCUUAUGGACAGACCGGAUCUGGAAAGACAUACACCAUGGGCACCAAUUACACCGGAGAAGAAAAUGCCGGUGGUAUUAUACCCAAGGUGAUGGAGACAAUAUUCAAGAGGGUUCAGACUAUGAAGGAAUCCUCAGAGUUUUUGAUUAGGGUAUCGUUUAUCGAGAUAUUCAAGGAAGAGGUAUUUGAUUUACUUGAUCCCAAUCAAUCUAAAGGGGAUGUGGCUUCUACUGCGAAGUAUGCUGCGCCCAGCAGAGUUCCCAUUCAGAUUAGGGAAACAGUGAAUGGGGGAAUAACGUUGGCUGGUGUUACUGAGGCUGAAGUAAAGACUAAAGAAGAAAUGUCAUCUUAUCUUUCUCGUGGUUCACUGGCACGCGCCACUGGGAGUACAAACAUGAACAGUCAGUCAAGUCGAUCACAUGCUAUAUUCACAAUCACCAUGGAGCAAAAGAGUGGUGAUGAUGUCUUGUGUGCAAAACUACAUUUGGUAGACCUUGCUGGUUCUGAACGUGCAAAAAGAACUGGUGCCGAUGGCAUGCGUCUGAAAGAAGGCAUUCAUAUCAACAAGGGUUUACUAGCUCUUGGGAAUGUAAUAAGUGCACUGGGAGAUGAAAGAAAGCGAAAAGAAGGUGGCCAUGUGCCAUAUCGUGAUAGUAAACUAACAAGACUACUACAGGACUCUCUUGGAGGAAACAGCAAAACUGUUAUGAUAGCAUGUGUUAGUCCUGCUGACACCAAUGCUGAAGAGACAUUGAACACUCUGAAGUAUGCAAACCGUGCUCGCAACAUUCAGAACAAGGCAGUCAUUAAUCGUGAUCCAGUGGGAGCUCAGAUGCAGAGAAUGCGAAGUCAGAUUGAGCAACUCCAGACUGAGCUUCUACUAUACAAAGGUGAUACUGGAGGGGCAUUUGAUGAACUUCAGAUUCUCAAACACAAAAUAUCCUUACUUGAAGCAAGCAAUGCAGAACUACAGCGGGAGCUUCAAGAUCGACGAGUUACUUGUGAGAGUUUAGCACAACGUGCAUGUGAUGCUCAGGUUGAAAAAGACCGACUGGUCAUGAAAAUAGAAUCAAUUCGAAAUGGUAAAUCUUGGGAUGAAAUUGAAUCAGAUUCACACGAGGAUUAUGACCUGGUGAAAUCUUAUGUGUCAAAGAUCCAAGAUCUGGAAGGGGAAUUACAGCGUUUGAAAAAUUCGCAUGCAAAAUCUAGACUUUUUGACGAUUUGGUUGACACAUAUGAUAGUGGAUUCCGGUCAAAGAAUGUUUUAUUUGCAUGUGGUAAUGAGUACUCUUCUGACUGUGAAGACAAAUCAGUUGACAUAGCAGAUGAUAUGGAAGAUCAUGCAAAGGAAAUAGAACACUCUUCUCUUCAAGAAAAGUUGGAUAGGGAGCUCAAAGAAUUGGAUAAGAAACUUGAACAAAAGGAGGCUGAAAUGAAGAUGUUUAAUAAUGCUGAUACUUCAGUUCUUAAGCAUCAUUAUGAAAAGAAAGUUCUUGAGUUAGAACAAGAAAAGAAAUUUUUGCAGAAAGAAAUUGAGGAACUAAGGUGCAAUCUUGCAAAUAUUUCAUCUACCUCUGAUGACGGAGCUCAAAAGUUAAAGGAGGAAUAUCUCCAAAAGUUAAAUGCUCUUGAAGCACAGGUCUCUGUGCUGAAGAAGAAACAAGAAGCUCAGGCUCAACUGUUGAGACAAAAACAGAAGAGUGAUGAGGCAGCUAAACGACUGCAGGAUGAGAUCCAGAGAAUUAAAUCUCACAAGGUUCAAUUGCAACAUAAGAUUAAGCAGGAAUCAGAACAAUUUAGAUUAUGGAAAGCUUCACGCGAGAAAGAAGUUCUCCAGCUUAAAAAAGAAGGAAGGAGGAACGAAUACGAGAUGCAUAAGCUGUUAGCAUUGAAUCAGAGGCAAAAGAUGGUAUUACAAAGGAAGACAGAAGAAGCGUCCUUGGCUACAAAAAGGCUAAAAGAACUCUUGGAAUCUCGAAAGACUUCUUCACGUGAAAGUGCUGUAGGUGGGAAUGGUCCAGGAAUUCAGGCUUUGAUGCAGGCAAUUGAGCAUGAACUUGAAGUCACAGUCCGAGUGCAUGAAGUACGUUCAGCACAUGAGCGUCAAAUGGAAGAGAGGGCUAAAAUGGCCAACGAGAUUGCUAGAUUAAAGGAAGAAGCGGAUAUGAUGAAGAUGAACAAUUCAAGUGAUGGCGUCGUAUCAAUGUCUCCGGGUGCAAGAAAUUCAAGGAUACAUGCUCUUGAAAAAAUGAUCGCUUCUUCUUCUACAACAUUGCUCUCGAUGGCAUCUCACUUGUCAGAGGCAGAAGAGCGGGAACGGGUUUUCAGUGGCAAGGGACGUUGGAACCAAGUCCGUUCCCUGGCUGAAGCCAAGAAUUUGAUGAAUCAUUUGUUCAACUUGGCAUCUUCCUCUAGGUGUUUAUUGCGAGAUAGAGAAGUUACUUGCAGAGAGAAGGACAUGGAAAUCAGAGAUCUAAAAGAAAAAGUAGUAAGGUUGAGCUGUUCAGUUAGACAAUUGGAAAUGCAGAAGUCUGAACUUAUUCAUCAGUUGAAAUUGAUGAAUGCAAUGAGAUACUCUGAAUCUGUGGGGUAUCAUGACAUGAAUGUCGGAGGGCAUAAGUAUGACUUGCGCAAGAUGGAAAACCGGCGAUCUACAAUUUUACUAGAGGAUAUGGAUUUAUCAAUAUCAGAUACAGAAGAUGAUUAUGUUCCAGAAGAUGUCACUGAUGAUGAAUGGGUACAGUCUGUGAAAAAAUUGCACUUUAAGAAAAGAAAGUCUAGAAGCAGUGUAAGCAUGGAAAACAAUCCGUCAAAUAUCAGUUCAGAAGAUGGGAAAGAUAAUUCAACAGAAGGAAAUGGAGGUGCAUCCGGGGAAACUGCAUCAGAUAUGUGCUGCUCUUGUAGUAAAUCUUCAUCUUGCAAAACAAACAAGUGCAAAUGCAGAGCUAUGGGUGGCACUUGUGGGAGUUCUUGUGGUUGCCUAGUAUCCAAGUGUGCCAACAGAUCAUCAAUCUCAAGUGAGGCACAAGUUGAAGGGAGUGGCAAUGAUUCCAGCAUUGAGGAAUCUGACAAAAACCGCCUUCUUGCUGCUCAAGGAGCCGAGUUGCUUCAGGGUGCACUGGUUGAGGGGCCUGCUGAUGCCCACCCUGAUACUCAUGGACCAAGAAAACCCCUUUCUGAUAUUGGAAAUACACUGGCCAAAUCAAACGCCCAGAAGGCUAAUCAAAGAAAGAAAUGGCGAAAGUCCACAGUGCCCACAGUAGUUGUUGUUCCAGAUCCACCGUCCGCGCAGUCAGAUAAUGCUGAAAUCCCCAAUAAAGAAAGCAACAGCAUCAGUGAACCGAACAUAUCUAUGAACGUACCACAAAAAGUGCUCUCUUCUAGACCUGAAAAUGUUCCGGCAGCCCCAAAGGUUGAGAAAAAUGUAACUGAGACAGAUAUACCUUUGAGAAUACCACGAGCUAUGCGAAAACAGGUAUCAUCAAAUGGUGGUGGUCUUCCACUGGGAGACGUGAAUGGUAGUAGCAAGGCAGAUGAAUGUUUCAACAAGGAGUCUGAAGUAAGUGAAGGUAGAAGUCCACUGAAACAAAAGGGAACCCUGGAGAAAGAGAACAGUGGACGUUAUUAGAAGACCAUAAUCUAAGGUGCAUGCAAUCACCAUAUUCUUAUGGUGUAUCUGUUGUAUCAAUCAUUAACUUUCGUUUGCCUUCAGCAGACAAAUAUAUUAUUUUGGCUUUUUUUUUUGUGGCUUAUCAGACAUGGUUUGUCAAAGAAUUCUGUGCUGGUGCUCGUCGUAUAGCAUUGGAGUGAAAUCACUUUGUAUAUCAAAGAUCAUUAGUUGAGUUGUUCAGCGGGAACAAUUGUUUCCCUCGUUAAUCUUCACAAUCAGUUGUCAAGGUUUAAUUUCUUUUCUAUGUAUGCCACUAUGUAUAGCGUUGCAUA